UUUCUAUCAAAGAAUAAGAUUAAAACAAGUCCUUAUGGCUUCCUUCAAGUUUGUCUACCUCUUUAUCCUUCUCACCUUGACCAACAAUUUCGUAACCACUAUAGCACAGUUCGACCGUGGUGAUCUGAACUACGAUUGUUCAGACAACCUAACCACUCCAAACAGCACCGUCCAAUUGAACGUGAAGACCCUUCUGUCUUAUUUAUCUUCCAACGCCACAGCUAACAAGCAAUACUACAACACCACAGUUGGCAGUAGAAACCACUCCGAGAGUACUGUCUAUGGAAUGUUCCUGUGCUGGGGUGACUUACCCCCUCAGCUUUGUAGCCAGUGCGUCGCAAAUGCAACCAAAGACAUACUCUCCGAUUCAUAUCCAAAUUGUUCCUUGUCCACAAAUGCUCGGAUUGUGCACGGAGACUGCAUGAUUCGCUUUUCCAACCGUUCUUUCUUCUCUACCGUUGACUCAAGUUUUUACUUCGCUGCAUGCUCCAUUUCUGAUGCGUUCGACAAAACAAACUGGAUGAGUGUGCUUUCCAAAACAAUUGACGAAGUCGCUGAUGAGGCAGCGAAUUCGACUGUUGGUGCAAAGAAAUAUGCAACAAAGGAAGCAAGGAUAUCUGGAGGAUUUCAGAGCCUUUACUGUGAGGCACAGUGCACAUCUGACCUCUCUCCCCAAGAUUGCCGAAAAUGUCUAAAUGCUUCCAUAGCGAAUAGUCAACAGUUUUGUGAAGGUUUAGGGUCACCUGUUUCCACUCGUAGCUGUAGUAUUAGGUUCGAUGUGUACCCUUUCUAUCGCCCCAGUACCGCUCUGGCACCAACAGGAGAGGUUUCCACAAAUUUUUCCACCACAGACUCACAACAUCCUGCUUAUCUUUCCCACAAUUGUUCCAGCAACGAAACCAUGAUCACCACGGACCGCGCUUUUCUAUCCAAUCUCAAGUCCCUUCUCUCAUCCUUGUCUUCCAAUUUCACCACCACCAAAACCGGUUUCUCCAAGACCACCGUCGAGGGCAAAAACCCAUCUGACACGGUGAGUGGACUCUUCAUGUGCCGCGGGAACCUUUCCACUAUUCUCUGUCAGCAAUGUGUCCUAAAUGCGACCCAACGAAUAUCCUCAGAGUGCCCCUCUUCCAAAGAGGCCAUCAUAUGGUACAAUCACUGCUUGCUUCGCUAUUCCAAUAAUCGCUCAUCCCUUAUCUCCACAGUGGACACAACUCCAACCUAUCAAAACUUCAGUAUCGUCAAUACUUCCAAUCCCAACCAGCUGCAAAGCUUCUUCACUUGGACUAUGGCGACUACUUUACCUGAAGUGAAGUCCGUGAUAGAGGACAGUACCAUUAAGAAUUAUGGAACAAAAGAAGUAAAACUGAAUGAUCAGCAAACCCUCUAUACUCUUGCUCAAUGUACGCCAGAUCUAUCUAAUGACGAUUGCGGCAGCUGUUUAGACAAGAUUUUCAAAUACGAAAUUCCAUGGUGUUGUUUGGCGAGUCCAGAGGGAAAAGUACUAUCUCCUAGCUGCUAUAUCAUGUUUGGGUUGUCCCCUUUUUACACAGAUGAUGACCGAGUUGAGGCGUACAGGCAACCCAGUCCUCCUCCAACAAGUGCAGAAAACAAUAAAGGUAGGUCACGGUCAAUUAUUAUCAUAGUUGUUGUCCUCAUCGUUGUCUCGGCGGUACUCCUUUCCUUUUGCUGCUAUUUGCGAUGGAGAAAAACAAGCAAAAGUAUUAUCUACAAAACUCUUCUCAGAAAAAACUUUGGUCAUGAAAGUAUCAAUUUAGAGGGAUUGCAAUUCGAUUUGAUUAAAAUUAAAGCAGCAACAGAUAAUUUCUCACAUGAGAAUAAAAUUGGAAAAGGUGGAUUCGGAGAAGUUCAUAAGGGUAUUCUUUGUGAUGGUCGACGUGUAGCUGUCAAGAGGCUUUCAACAAGUUCUAAGCAAGGUUCAACUGAGUUUAAGAAUGAAAUUUUAUUAAUAGCCAAGUUACAGCAUAGAAAUCUUGUGACAUUUAUAGGUUUCUGCUUAGAAGAUCAAGAGAAAAUUCUUAUUUAUGAAUAUAUGCCAAAUGGGAGCCUUGAUUACCUUUUAUUUGGUGGUCAACAACAAAAAUUAAGUUGGUUGGAGCGUUACAAGAUCAUAAAAGGAAUUGCUAUGGGAAUUCUUUAUUUACAUGAACAUUCUCGACUUAAAGUUAUACAUCGUGAUCUUAAACCUAGUAAUAUUUUAUUAGAUGAAAAUAUGAAUCCUAAAAUAUCAGAUUUUGGCAUGGCUAGAAUUGUUGAAAUUGAUCAAGAUCUUGGAAAUACUAAUAGAAUUGUUGGAACAUAUGGCUAUAUGUCACCAGAAUAUGCAAUGCUUGGACAAUUUUCUGAAAAGUCAGAUAUAUUUAGUUUUGGCGUCAUGAUUCUUGAGAUUAUUACUGGAAAAAGGAGCGUGAAUGCUUAUGAGUCACACAAUGUUGUGGAAGGGCUCAUGGGUUAUGUUUGGAGACAAUGGAAGGAUCAGGAACCGCUAAGCAUCUUGGAUUCAAACAUAAAAGAAAGAUAUUCACAAAUGGAAGUUCUUAGAUGCAUUCAUAUUGGUUUAUUGUGUGUUCAAGAAAAUCUAAAUGAUAGACCUACAAUAACAACGAUUAUUUCAUAUUUUAACAACCACUCACUUGAAUUGCCAUCUCCACAAGAACCAGCAUUUCUCUUACACAGACGUAGAAUGGAUCCAGAGAUCGUUAUACAACAAGAAUCAAGUUUGAGUCAAGCUGCCAAUGGUUCUGUGCUAUUCUCUAUUAAUGAGAUGUCGGCUAGUGAUUUUUAUCCUCGAUAAUUAUUUAAUUUCUUAUUUGAUAGCAUUGUCUACUUUUGUUUCUAAUGUAUAAUAAACUUUCAUUUGGCACUUAUGUUAAUAUACUCCUCCCCAAAGUUUCACUU